CGUUCGCCAUGAAACCCUUCACUCUAGUAAUUUUGCAAUUUAUAACCAUCUUCUUUUUAUGUAAAUUCUAUGCAGUAAAAUGUGAAGAUAAACGUAAAUGGCUGGAAAUUGGCAAAGAAUUGUAUCGUGUUGAACCUGAGGGAAAUUACACUUGGCAACAAGCGAUGACCGAGUGUAAAAGGGAGCUUUCAAAUUUAAUAAGUCCCAGAGGUGACUACGACUAUGCUAAAUUGAAGGCUGCCAUAAAACAUAGUUUUAAAAAUUAUUCCUCCUUUUGGACUGAUAGCAAGGUAGAUUGGAAAAAGACCUUUCUCCAGCAAAUCGGUUUGGGAAAAGUUGCAAAACAUCAUCAAAAGUGCAAUAAAUUUGAUAAUUCAUCAAUGUUUAAGUAUUUGCCGGACGACUGUGAAAAUUCGCUUGGUUUUAUAUGCGAGAAAACUUUACUCACAGAAUAUACAUCAUUUAAAAUCAAAAAUACAUUGUAUUUUUUACAACCCCUUCAACAAUUUAACUGCGAACAAGCCUACGAUCAGUGCGAGAAACGUGAAAUGUCCUUGGUGCUGUUGACGGAUCAUGACAAAAAUAACUUGCUAAAGGACUAUAUAUUUAUUCAUUAUGGCUCGACUGUUAGUUUUUGGUUUGGCUACAACAAUGAGACCCACUACAGUUGUGCCACCCAUAAACGAGGUCAAAAUAUUGCAUACAAUUCGAAAUUGGGUUUCAUCUGUCAGCGGAGUUAUUUAAAUGCUCAAACUCUAAGUACGAGACAUUUGGUUUUACUAAUAUUUCUUGCAACGGCCGUUGUUAUAUCCAUUACUAUUUAUGCAUUUGUCAGAUGUUUUUUCACCAGAAAAGAGGAUAUUUUCUAUUUGACAGAAGUAUAUUAUCCCCAGGAUAUUAAAGUUAAUGACAUCAAAUAAUUAUUACUUAUUCAACCACAAAAUACAUACAGACAUA